AUGCCAAGUAAGAAACGCCCCGGACCUAUAUCGAUAUCUUCACCUAUCAUCCGCAGUCCUAUCCCAGAUGGGGGAUCACUGCUCUCACCGAAUUCACCGAAUCACCAAUACCCUUCAUCGCCUCGUACACCCUCUAGACAAACCAAGAAUGCAAGAGGAGGUAAGAAUGGGAAUAAUGCAAGAGGAUACGAUGAGUACGACCUCUCACCCACUCACGCAUAUUUGGAAGCAUUCAACUCGUACCCUUCGACACCCGAUCCAUCCCACAUGCCAAUAGCACCUUACUCCCCUGCUUCUCCAUUCGACUCACCUUCUCUAGCGAAUGAGAAAGACCCUCUAUCAUCAAAUGCCAAUAUCAACCAAUUCGGUCAAAAUCAAUAUGCUUCUAAUCAUUAUCUAGCUCCUACCUUACAUCCUCAUGGGGAGAGAAACAGAUCAAUACCACUGUCAGGUGACAAGAAUCAACCAUCAGGGAAGAAGUUCAAAACAGGGAGAACAUGUAUACCUACAAAUCCCACUAAGAGGAAAUGGUUAUUCAUCGGACUACCCGUCGUGUUAGUUGUAAUAGCAGGGGUAGCCAUUGGAGUGGUUGUCGCAACGCAGAAGAAGCCAAGCUCGUCUUCGAGUUCAGGAGGAACAAAAUCGACAAGUGGUACUACUUCAGGAGGAACGUCGAAGACUGGUGGAACCUCUCAAGCUUGGAAUCAGUAUGUGACCCCAAGUUCAGGUGGCGAUAGUGAUACUGUGACGACAGAUCUGGGUGUUCAGUUCAAAUAUGUUAACAAGUUCGGAGGUCACUGGGCCCAAAACCCUUAUGAUCCUUACUCUGUAUCCGGUAAAGCCCAAUCUUGGAGUCCAUCACUUCUGGAAGAAUGGGUAUGGGGUACACAUAUCGCUAGAGGUGUAAACCUCGGCGGAUGGCUUGUCACUGAACCUUUUAUCGUCCCUGCAUUAUAUGAACAGUACCAAAGCUCCACUCCGCAGGCUGUGGACGAGUACACUUUAUGUCAAGCAAUGGGCAACGAUCUAGCUACGAAGAUGGAAGAACAUUACAAGACUUUCAUCACCGAAGAGGAUUUUGCGGCGAUUGCUUCUGCCGGUCUGAAUUAUGUUCGUAUCGCAUUGGGGUAUUGGGCAAUAGAGACGAUCGAUGGGGAACCGUACUUGCCGCAAGUAUCGUGGACAUACUUCGUGAAAGCUAUCGGUUGGGCCAGGAAAUACGGCAUAAGGAUCUUCGUAGAUUUUCAUGCUCUGCCAGGUUCUCAAAAUGGAUGGAAUCAUUCCGGUAAAUCCGGUAGUGUGAAUUGGUUGUACGGUGUGAUGGGAAUCGUAAAUGCCCAACGAUCCUUGGAAACUAUCCGGUCAAUCACAGAGUUCAUCUCGCAAGACGGAAUCAAGGAGGUCGUGCCUCUGUUGGGGCUUGUUAAUGAAGUGAUGGCCAAGACCGUCGGAAAAGAUGUACUGUCAGCGUUCUACUACCAAGCAUAUCAGACCGUUCGUGGAAUCACGGGCUAUGGAUCAGGCAAUGGGCCUACUCUACUCAUGCAUGAAGCUUUCUUGGGUAUCAAAGAUUGGGAAGGGUUCUUGAACGGUGCUGACAGAAUUGGUCUCGAUCAACAUCCUUAUCUUGCGUUUAGCACUGUCAACAAUGCUUCUCAUGCCGACCAAGCCAAAAGUCCUUGCAAUUGGGGAGGUGGUACCAAUGACAGUAUGACGAAUUACGGCAUCACCAUUGGCGGAGAAUGGUCUAACGCUAUUAACGAUUGUGGAUUAUGGCUCAACGGGGUCGGAUCGACACCAAAUUUCCAAACUGCUGGUAAUAAUUGUGAUCUAUACGACGAGUGGCAAAGCUGGUCGACUGAUUUCAAAGCUGGAGUCAUGAGCUACACAAUGGCGAACAUGGACGCGUUACAGAAUUGGUUCUUUUGGACCUGGAAGAUUGGAAACUCAACUGUUAAAGGUUAUCCUACAAGUCCACAGUGGCAUUACAGGCUAGGCUGGGAACAAGGCUGGAUGCCCAAGGAUCCCCGAGCAGCGGGUGGAUAUUGCAAAGGUUUAGGAAUCGGUGGUAAUCAAUUCGCUGGGACAUAUCCUGCUUCCGCCACAGGAUCGUUUAGCGGCACACCGACAAUAGCAGCUGCCGAGCUAGCGUCUCACUCCAAUUGGCCACCACCCACUCUUGGACCUUCAUUCGCCGCCGAACAAGCAGCUUUACUCCCAACUCUAACCCAGACUGGAAGCGUCGUAGUUCUACCUACAGCUUCUCAUCCAGCAAAUGCGACCAUAGGAAGCGGUUGGGCAAACGCGCAAGAUACGAUAGGAGCGUGGGUAAGGGUUAAUGGCUGCGAUUACCCAGACUCAUACGACGCUGUAAAUGCGUCUGUACCAACGGGUUUGUGCACUGGAUCGAACAAAAGAGAUUUGAGCAUGGUGCGGGGAGAUAACCCCGCACCGACUGCACUAUAG